CUAGCCCCAGACGCGCCACCCGUCGCGCACAAGCGGAAGCCUCUUCCACAGGAGGGUAACGAUGAAGGAAGAUCGCCCCGGAAGCGGCCCGCGCCGUGGAAGCCCCCAAUUGACAGUGGCUGGCCACGGAGAGGGCGCGGUGGUGAUGGUGGUUCGCCUGCAAGGCAUAGCGGUGACUUACAGAGCGGAGGACUCGUAACGGAAAGGGGCGGACGGCGAGGAGAUGGUUUGAUGGGUCGACACGGAGACGGUCGAACUGGCCGACACGGCGAUGGACGCAGCGAUGCCGCUGGUGGAUCACGCACGUCCAGCGUAGCUUGGGGAUAUGGCAUGAAUGUCGACCAGCCUGCGCCACCUACCCCUCAGCAACAGUCCCCUAGCACCGCGUCUAGUGGCAGCACCCAACCUCGGUUGCAUACUCCUUCCUUUGCGGCGCCGUACACGCCGAGCAGGAGCGCGUCUGCAAGCCACGCAUCGGUCGACGCAAGCAUCAACUCCAGCAAUGUGGGCAUGCUCGAUGUUACCGACGCCAUGAUCGCGCGUAUGUGCAGCCCUCCUGGUGCGCCGCCUGCCGACCAGACCUUCCUCGACCACCUUACUGACCUCCUCACCCGUGCCGUACGCUUGUCCGACCGGAUACAUCGUCUGGAGGACGAACUCUCACUCCGGAAUCAGCUGCAGUUGCGGAUCUCCGCCGAUGCUAGAGCGGAAGACGGGGAAGAGGGAGAGAUAGAGACGAGUCCGACGCCACCAUCCAUGCAGCAAUCGCAUACCGAGCAGGUGCUUCAGCAGCUCAAGGAACGGUACACCGUGGUUCUUGAACAGCUGGCUUCCUACCCUGUCACCCUUGCGUGUGCGGACGUCGACGCGGUAGCGAGAGAGGGUUUCAAGCAGUAUGCAGAAGGGCUGCUUGCGACGGCAAAGGAUGUGUUUGAGCGAUACCAGCAGUACCUUCGACAACAGGAAGCCCAAGAGGCACGACAGGAAGCGCGACGCAUACGACAAGAGAUAGACCGCGAGGUGCAGGCUACCCAACACGAGUUCGAUUCGGCUAUGCGCGCGUUGCUAGAGGACGACAAGCACACUGCACCUCUGACGAGUGCUCUUGACGCCCUCGACAUGAGGCAGCGAAGCAUACGCCGCCGACUGCCAAUCCAGCGAAGCCGUCAGGUGGACGAUGUGUUAGCGAUAUGCGUCGACCGCGCGUUGAAAACUUCGGGCGUCCCGCAACGUGUGGAUGGGUGGGCUACGAAGACCAGGGCUGAGCUUUGCGAGACAAGGAAAUCUGUCGAAGAUCAGCUCAACCUGCGCCUGCGUGUUAUCCUCGACCAGGCGGUUUUUGGUAAAGCGGAUAGAUAAAAUACAUACUACAUCUAUGAUCUAA